AUGAUCCUUCCACUCUCAUCCAGCUUCCACCAGUCCCAGCCAUCUUCACCGAACGCCUCAAGGCGCCUUUCCAGCAAACCACCGAGCACCUCCAGCUCGUCUAGCAAUUGGCAAAUCCCAGCAGAAUUCGCCGGUCAACUAGAAUCCAGGGAAAUUAUUCGCCAAUCAGCCAUUCAUGAGAUUAUCACUGGAGAGGCGGAAUAUCUAGAGGACUUGAAGAUUUAUCAAAACAUAUUUAUCGAACCACUUCAGGCCCAACUAUCACCCGCAAUCUUUCAACACAUUGAGCUCGAGCGUUUUUUAGGAUUGGUCGUUUCCUCACUCGGCGACAUUCGCAAGUGCAGUCGGAGCUUCCUCAAGCGGUUACGCCACCGACAACAAGCUCAGCAACCCCUGCUUGAAUCCGUUGGCGAUGUCAUCCUGUCUGCUGUCUUGGAAUGGGGGCCCGCUUACACUAGAUACGCCGCUGAUCAUCCUCUCGGUGAACUGGAGAUUGAACGUCAGAUCAACCAAAACCUCCUAUUUGCGGAGCACAUUUCUAACAUUCCCCGCUUCAAUGCACGCAAGAAAGAUUUCCGCCAUUUUUACUCUCGGGCAACCUUUAGGCUGGCGCGCUAUGUGCUCCUCUUCACUCGGCUUCUCGAGGCCACACCUGAGGAUCACGUGGAUCGCGAACCUCUUCGGUUGGCUCUUGAGCUUGUGCGACGUCAAUGCUCCGAGUGUAAUGCUGCUAUCGAAUCUCAGCAAGACAUUGUCAGCCUGAUGAAGCUAAACUCAAUGAUUGCACCCAAAUCCGAUAUUCCACUUCUUCACCUUCAUUCUUCCCAUCGAAAAAUCUACAGCAGCGGCAAGAUGUUACGAAAAAAAGACGGAGGCUCAGGUUUAGGCGAAUGGAGUGAAGUCUUUGUAGUUCUAUUCGACCAUUACUUUGUUAUGCUGAAAGAGAAGAAAGAUGACGGCCAAGCUCGACCCCGAUACCACAUUGUCGAACAACCCAUUCGGACCGAAUUUUUGAAGCUCAGUGGCUUAACACAGCCCCCCGAAAAGCGCUCCAGACGACUCAAAAACCUCACCGACGGGCUACGCGGCCACAAUGCCACUCCGAACAACACUCAGUUCAAUGCGCACAGUAUGCCAGCUCGUCGCUCGAAUAGUGAACCGACUCAGCGUCACUCUCACGUCCCUACAACCGACGUUUCGUCUAACGACACUGAAUUGUCGGCUUCCCUUCAACAAUCGCGCUGCCUGUAUCCUAUGACCCUCCAACCCUUUGGCGAUUCUCCCCGGAUCAUCACUUUGUACGUCGAGUCAGAGUCUGCCCGCCAACACUGGCGCGAGCGGUUCGAGACUGCUAUCAACCACCGAGUUCAAUCAAUCAAGACAUCUCAGGUUUUUGAGCUUUGGCCAAUGGCUCUCGAAACAUUUUCUAUCCCCUCUUCGUCUUCUUCCAGCUCAUUCUUGGUCAAUCUGCCUAGCUUAGCUGAACUCAAAGUUCUUUACGAGGAUCAGAUACCAAAGGAGCUGUUACCCAACACAGUCCAUCAUGGUGCUCCGACAUGCUCUACGCCAUUUACCGCACCAGAUGGUCGCCCGCUGAUAGCAAUUGGGUGCAAAGAAGGGUUAUGGAUCGGCAAGAGGGAUAACUCCAGCUCCUACAGGAAGGUCUUGCCCGUCAAAAACAUCACACAGGUCGCUUUCCUUCAAAACGAACGAUACAUGAUCGUACUCGCAGGUCAAGUGCUCUUAGCCUAUCCCCUGGAGGUAUUGGUUCAUAGUCCAGGCGGCGUGGCGGUGCGACCCCCCACCACGCGAUCGAUAACGGCAAAUGUCAAUCCUACCAAUGUACCAAAGCCUCCUAGACCAGCCGUUCCGUAUUAUCAUCAGCAACCACAUCAACAAAUCCUAAGUAGAGCAACUUCGGCUAGUAGCCAACAGAGCGCCCGAAGCCGACUAAGCUUCAGUGGUGCUGAGGUGGACUCGCCGCUGCCCUUGGGAAGGAGCUCACUCCUGCUUUCGUUGGGGAUGUUCGAGUUUGAGAGGAAGCAAGGAGCUGACGAAGAAGGCGCUUUGUCUUCGUCUGGCUGCGACGAAACAUCUGUUUCUUCAGUUUCUUUCCAGAGAGUUUCUCGGUUUGGUAUGGACUCAUGCGAGUCUUCUGUUCCUAGCUCGCCGGAUUCUUCUUACAAGCGUUUCCGGGAAUUCCGCCCGAUCAACAGCACUACUGGUCGACACCGAAGAAUGACGAGUGAGAGCUGCUCGGACGCAUAUCGCAGAUUACCGACGUUGGGGACUGCGAUCAACCACCGGGCAUCUGUUCCAAUGGAGACCCUUGCCGAUCAAGAGAAACGCAGAGGGCUUGUCCGACUUUCCGGGCCAUCUGAUAAAGUCCGAUUCUUUAAGGUUGGCAUGUUGGAGGACCGACUAGUGUUGAUCUUCGCCGAGAAAGCCAAGGGCUGCCAGACUGCUUUUAAAAUCUUGGAGCCCAUUUUCGGAUCCAAUGAGCAAAUAGGCCAUACGUUCACCUUAUUCAAGGAGAAUCAAGUAUUCACUGUUCCCUUUGAGGCUCAUGAUGUGUUGUGCCAUGAAAACCAGAACAAAUUGCUAGUCUUUCACGCCAAUCGCUGUGAAGUUCUCAACCUUGACGAUCUGACCUCCGAAACCAUCCCCCGGCUCGAAGACAACCGGGAUGAACCAGCGUGCAGUAUCUUGAUGAAGCGGGUCGAAGAAGCAAAGAUGUUGAAUGUCUUUACGAUUACAAGCAAGGAGUAUUUGUUCUGUUAUGAUAAAUUUGCAUAUUUUGGAAGCAGUAGUGGCAGCGUGAUACGCAAGAAAUUUGACAAGAUGAUUGAGUGGGAUGGACGACCAUCGGUGGUCAACCGACACCAAGACUACGUCAUUGGAUAUUCAGAUAACUUGAUUGAGGUUUGGGACCUUCGCUCAAGUACUCGAGUCCAAAUCAUGCACGGCAAGGACAUUCGAUGCAUCUACAACGGAGAAGGCGCUCAAUUUCGUCCGUCGAAGAACCUUUGUACAGGAUCAGGGAAGUCUUCGCCUCAAAAAGUCAUGAAGCGGCAUCCUGUGAAUCGGCUCAGCUCCUGUGAAUCGAUUCAGGAAGUCGAAUCUCCGGGCAAUCAGUCACCUCAGACUGCAAACCACGGUGCCAAAAACUCUCGCAACGAUGACGACCAACCCGUCUCUUCGGAAAAAAGCCAGCCCUCUGGUUUUAUCCAGAAUCACUUCGAAAGCUUUCACGUCUCGAUUCGGGACUCCGGGAACGUCUACAGGGUUUUCGAAAUGGGACACGUCUCAAAUUGA